AUGCCUUCUACCCAAGUCGCAUCGCCCAUUCCUGUGCCGGCCCCUCGCGAGAGCCUGGCUAUCAUCACCUCGCAAGACCUCUUCGCCAGCCUGAACGCGACCCUUGCGUCCAAGUCGGGACAGCUGGUUACCCCCAUCCACGCCAUCCAGGAGGACGACUACUCGGUCCCGGCGCCUCCGCCGCCGAGCCCCGUCAGCUUCCGGGACCACUGGCCCGCGUCGAUGCGCCGUUGA